AUGUGUAUUUUUUUUGUUAUUGUAAUAGAUAAAUUCGAUCAAUCAAUAACUUGUUUUGAAGACCUAUCAAAUGAAUUAUUAUGUGUAAUAUUUGAUUAUUUUUAUGGACAUGAAUUAUGUAAAAUAUUUUCAAAUCUUAAUUUUCGAUUUGAACAACUUCUUCAUUCUUCAUUCGUAUUAUUUAAAACUCGUUGUUAUUUAUUUGAAAACGAUGAAGUUAUGAAUAUGUUUAAACAAUUAAUGUUUCCCCAUCGACAUCAAAUAUUUUCUAUGAAUGUAAAUUUUAUAUUUCAAAAUAAUUAUUUUUUUUCAUCCUUUUUAUUCGAUUCAUCAUUUGAUCGUCUUGAAUCAAUUUUUUUAAAAGAUAUUCAAUCCGAUACACUUAUUCCAGUUCUAAGCAAUUUAUCUUCUUUACCACAUCUUUUCUCAUUAACAAUCGAAACAUCCAAUGUUAAAGAAAAAAUCAGUGAUAUUUAUCGAUUGACAUUUGUCUUACCUCAAUUGAAAUAUUAUCGACUUUCUUUCUCUGAUAAGCCUCACUCAAUUAUACUUCCAAUAGCUAUGAAUAACCAAUUCAGUCCAUUGGAAUAUCUUGUUAUUGAUCAUUAUUGUUCUUUGAACGAACUUGUAAUUUUAAUUUCUUAUACAACACAACUUCGCCAUUUAACUCUUCAUAAAACAAAAACGAAUGAUUUAAAUUCUACAAUAUUAUCAUCAAUUAUAUUAGAUAAUUUAGAAUCAAUUUGUUUGAAUUUACGUAAAACAAAAUUUAAUGAACUAGAAACAUUCAUUACAAAAAUAAUUCCAAAUUUAAAAACUUUAUCUAUUAUUGAAUCAGACGAUAUUGCUUUUCUUGAUGCUUAUCGAUGGGAACAAUUAAUUUUAAAUUAUUUUCCUAAGUUAGAAAAUUUUUAUCUAUUAUAUAAUGAUCAAGUUAAUAAUAAAGAAGAAUAUCCAACAUAUAUUAGAGGAAUGAACCAAUUUUCUUCAUCAUUUUGGAUUGAGCGACAAUGGCUAUUUGAAGUCGAAGUGACGGAUAUAUAUAAUGAAUAUACAAUUCGUCCGUAUAGUGAAAGAUGGUAUGAUGAUAUAAAACAUGAUAUUGUUAAUUGUUCUGUUGAACAUUCUACAUUUACCAAUUUGACAAUCGAGUACAUUCCUAAUUAUAUAUUCGAGGGAGUGAUGUUUAAAGCAAUUGAACGUGUUUUAACAAUAACACGCAUUUAUCACUUGGAAAUUCACCAGAGAAAGAUCUCAAUUCCUGUGUUGAUUCAAAUUAUUAAUCUAUUACCAGAUAUAAUUACAUUAAAAAUUUAUUCAUUAUCAACAGACGAAACAGAAGAAUUAAAUGUUAAAGAACUUCUGAUUUUAUGUUCCAUGAAAGAGACAAGUAAAAUUAGCAAAGUCUAUCUUGAAGAGAUUGUUGAUAUUCAACAACUUGAUUUUAUUUUUACACUUUGUCCUUAUAUGGAAUAUUUCAAAGUUAAUCGUAUAAAUAUAAUGGAUGCUCAAUCGUUUUUAUGUACUAUUUUAAAGAAAAUUAAUCGCAAUAAUUAUCAUUCUCUUCGUUCAUUAUGUUUUGAUGUUCCAACAACAUGUGAUCAAAUAGUUAAAAAUAUUGAAGAAAUAAUCACAUGUGAAAAAUUACUCUUUCACACUAAAGUUCAAUGUAUAUUGAAUACUGUUUAUUUACAAUGGAAAUGA